AUGUCCAUCUUGUCGACCCUUGGGUCGUUCCAAGCUCCCCUGACCCUUCUCCUGAUAAUCUUCGGCCCCUCACUCCUACCCCGACUGAUCAACCUCUUCCGCCCCAAACCACCUUCUUCAACACCUAAACCACUCCGUCCACCUAGAACUUUGACGCUCAAGUUGAUUCUUGGUAUACAUACAUUAUGGAUCCUCAAACACCUCGUCCUACCUCCAUACGAUCUGUUCGUAAAUAACAAUCUCCCUAUAUCAAUAUCAAAUUCACAAAUACGAUAUGCCCUCCUUGGUCCCGAAUACGAUCCGCUUACGCGGCAAGUACAUCCACUGCUGGAGCUGUUGAUGACCAGAUUGAAAAUCGUGGAUAACAGGAUAUUGUAUUUCAAAUUUGGACAUGAACCGAUGAUGGAAUGUGUAUGGUGUCAGACGCCUACCGAUUACUUGAUAUAUUCCCUUCCCAAUAUAUUGAGCUGGUACCUUCUUGAAGCGACAUUUUUAGGUGGAAUGGCUUGGAAGUGGAUAGCUGGACCUGAAGCUCCUCAUAGAACGGAGACAUGGAGAACUACGUUUGGAUGGAUAUUGGUGGUUGCAGCUACGGCGGAAGGAGGGAUAAAGUGGGGCUGGGAUUUGAGGGUGGUAGAAGGUGAUGCCCCACAUCUCGCUUCUAUAAUACAUACUCUCCGAUCAAUCUUCCUCCUCCUCUUCCCUCUAGUAUACACCUUCCUCCCUCUACCUGCCACCCCAGUAUCCUCAAGUAUAUUAGCAUCGAUCGUAUCAAACACCACAUCCACCUUACGACUGACCUCUCUCGCACGAGCAUCGAUCCAGCGGUCUCCGAUAUUGAGGGAGACUUGGAGUCUGCUGGGUAAACGAGAUGCGGAACGCAAAGAGAUAGCAAGGAGGGAUGAAGAUGUAAGAAGGAUCGUGAGAGAACUGAAGCUCGAUGAGGGAACCAUGAGAGUAGGCGCAGGAGAUUGGAUAAGAGAGGGAUGGAAUGGGAUGGUUAGGGUUGACCCGAAUCCUGCUGCUCACGCGGGAACGUGA